AUAAACAUCCAAAAACAAAAACCGCUGGAACCGAAACACACGCUGAAUUGGAGAAGAAUUUAGGGCUUUCUCUCUCCCUCUCUACAUCUAUAUAAAUCACGACGCUUGAUUGAAUGCGGCGAUCGAUUUCUACGAAGUAAAGCCUGGGACAAUUCUAGGGUUUCAUUUUUUCUAUUUUGUUUUUCGCGGAAGAGCUUUGCGUAACCGGAAGUCUGGCGAUUUGAUUGCUAAAUAGCUGAUUGAAUUUAUAAGAUAAAUCUGUUUAUUUGUGAAUUCAACACAAUCGACAAUCGAAUUAUUUGAUUUGUGAAUAUGGGGGGAUCGCGGAAAUCUAAAAGGAUUACUUGGGCUGCAGAGGUUAAUCUUUGUCAGGUGAGGCUGUUUUCAUCUGCAAAUCCUCCUUCGGAAGUAGGAAUGGCGUCGCGAUCGGGUGGUUAUGAAGCUGAUGAGAGCUUGCCACCAGGCUUUGAAGAUAUGAAGCCUAAAAUUCUCAAGUUGCCUCAGAAAACCUUCAGCAAAUGGAGAUGCCCUCCAAGAUUUGAAGUGAAUAGGGAGUGGCAAGUGGUCUCUGGGGAAGAGAGCAAAGAGGUUGAGUGUGAGAAUCAACGCGAGAGGAGAGUGCUCGAAGCAAUUUAUCCCCAGCCCUCAGCAAUUCCUCCCAACCCUCGUCUGCCUGUGAAUCCGCAAGAAUCAACUGGUGGCGACCACUGCAUUCCUCUGAUUCCCCUCACUCCAAUUGAAGAUGCUGAUGCUGCUCUUGCAGUUGCAGAUAGUAACCCGAUGAUCCCACAGCCAGCUGUUUCCUCUCAAUGCAGUGAUAUUGCACAAGCCGCCUUGGCAGCAGUCCGGUCAAACGUAGAUCGAAGAAACCUAAUUGAUACCGACUUGCUUAUCAGAAUCCUCACCAGCCCGAACCUGGUUCAGCAGCUGCUCACCACCGGCCACGCUGCACAGGAAACACCGCCCAGCAUCAGCACGCAGCACGUUCCAACUGCGGAGACGAAUGCAGGAGGGGCAUUGCUCUCUGCUCCUCAAAUUACCAAGCCGGAACUCUCGACGUGUUGCCCUCCCGAUGUGAGCUCAGCACAACCCCUGCCAUGUAUGGCGAAGGACAUAAGCUAUUACAAGAGCCUGAUUCAGCAGCACGGAGCAAGCGGGGGUGGGCCCCCGAGACAAUCGUGCGGUAAAUCGAAAAGGGUGAUGGGAGCAACUACUCAAGAAUAUGCAAAAUCUAGAGAGGUGUUGAAAUCAAGAGCUUGUAUGUAUUUUAAUACCCCCAGGGGGUGCAGGAAUGGGGCCAAUUGUGCCUAUCAGCAUGAUGUUAAUAUGUUGUCGUCGUCUCGAAAAAGGAUGGGUUGUGUUAGAGAGGUUGUUGGUGCAAAGAGAGUUAAACUGGGAAGAUAGAUGGAUUGGAACUCUUGUUUUCUCCUUUUUGAAGAAAAAAUCAUGGCUUAGUAUUCCAUGCGUUUCACUUGUAUUCUUUAUGUUUUGCGAUGAAGAUAUAUCAAUGUGUUUUUUCAUUAA